UAAAUGUACAAGAAGGAUACAGUGUAUGAAGAUUUAAGAAUAUCAAUUUCCUUUAAUGACGUUGCAGAACCAUGUCUAUCAACUGAAAUUGAUAAUGUGAUCUCACUUGAAGUAGAACCAUUUUUAAGAGAUUUUGAAAAGGUUAGAGAGAGACCAUGAC